GGUCGAUUCUUUCUCUUUAUUGGCGACGCUGUGAACGCGUGCAAGCUUCUGUGCAUUCGAGGUGCGUGGAGGACGGUGAAACUGGCUCGGCGAUUGGUGGCUGGGGUGCGCCUGAGGGGGCAGGCGGUGCACGCUCCGCAGCCUCUUGCUGAGGAUAGCGGCGUUGGGUUAUUUGCAUGUGCUGAAGAGCCAUGGAACUGGAGGAAGGCGAGUUGGAAUCUCCUACCCGCUGCAAGUCUUCAUCCUUGGAGCAGACAGCUGAGGAAGAAGAGGAGGAUGACUUGGAUCUCUAUGGGGGUUAUGAUAGCUUUCAGCCAUACAGCAGCAGUGAGGAGAGUGGCAGCAGUUCCUGUCUAGAAGAUUCUAGUGAGAAUGAAGUAGCAGAUCAUGAGAUUGGGGAAGUACCUCCAUCCCCUUUGCAGAUCCAGAUCCCCAGCACCCACAUGCCAGAUGGUAACGGAUCUGAGCCAGCUGUCUGUGAGAUGUGUGGUAUUGUGGGCACAAAAGAUGCCUUCUUCUCCAAGACCAAACGUUUCUGCAGUGUCUCCUGCUCCAGGAGUUACUCCUCAAAUUCCAAGAAGGCUAGCAUCCUGGCAAGGCUGCAGGGUAAACCACCAACAAAAAAGGCUAAAGUCUUGCACAAGGCAGCCUGGUCUGCUAAAAUUGGGGCAUUUCUCCACAUUCAGGGGACAGGGCAACUGGCAGAUGGAACACUAACUGGUCAAGAUGCUCUCAUUGUAGGCUUUGACUGGGGAGCAUAUCUGCAGGACCAUGGAUGCAAGGCUGCACCUGUAAGCAGUUUCAAACAUGUUCCCCUUUAUGAUCAAUGGGAAGAUGUGAUAAAGGGGCUGAAGGUUGAAGUAUUGAACAGUGAUGCCGUGCUUCCCAGUCGUGUCUAUUGGAUUGCUUCUGUUGUUAAGAUUGCAGGUUACAAGGCACUGCUGCGUUAUGAAGGCUUUGAGAAUGAUUCCAGUCAUGACUUCUGGGUCAACUUAGGUACUAUGGAAGUGCAUCCAAUUGGUUGGUGUGCCAUUAACAGCAAAAUUCUGGUGCCACCCCAAACUAUCCACUCGAAGUUUACAAACUGGAGAGGGUACCUUAUGAAAAAAUUGGUGGGGGCCAGGACUAUCCCAGUUGAUUUCCAUUUAAAGAUGACUGAGAGCAUGAAAUAUCCUUUCCGCCAAGGCAUGAGGGUAGAAGUAGUGAACAAGGCCUGCAUAUCCCAGACACGAAUGGCCGUUGUAGAUACUGUAAUUGGCGGCCGGCUGAGGCUUCUGUAUGAGGAUGGAGACAGCGAUGAUGACUUCUGGUGCCACAUGUGGAGCCCUCUAAUCCAUCCUGUAGGCUGGUCCAGAAGGGUUGGCCAUAGCAUAAAGAAAACAGAAAAGAAUAAUGAUAUGGCAAACCAUCCUACUUUCCGGAAGAUCUAUUGUGAUGCCGUUCCAUAUCUCUUCAAGAAGGUACGUGCUGUCUAUCCAGCAGGUGGCUGGUUUGAGGAAGGCAUGAAAUUGGAAGCCAUUGACCCUUUGAAUCCUGGCAACAUUUGUGUGGCUACCGUCUGUAAGGUCCUUUUAGAUGGUUAUCUUAUGCUUGGCAUUGAUGGCACAGCUUCUGAGAGUGAUUCUGACUGGUUCUGCUAUCAUGGCUCCCUGCAUUCCAUUUUCCCUGCUGGUUUCUGUAAGAACAACAAUAUAGAGCUGACUCCCCCAAAAGGAUAUGAUGUCAAGAUCUUCAGUUGGGCAAGCUAUCUAGACAAGACUAAGUCAAAAUCUGCACCAGCACACCUUUUCAAUGUGGAUUGUCCAAACCAUGGUUUCAACGUGGGUGCUAAAAUAGAAGCAGUAGACCUGAUGGAGCCAAGACUUAUCUGUGUAGCAACAGUAAAAAGGGUAGUCCAUCGGCUCCUCCGAAUUCAUUUUGAUGGCUGGGACAGCGAAUAUGACCAGUGGGUGGACUGUGAAUCCCCAGAUAUCUAUCCUGUGGGUUGGUGUGAAUUGAUAGGCUACCAGCUGCAGCCACCAGUGGUUCCAGAACCUGAGUCACCUGCAUUAACCAAGGAGGUUUCAAAGAAGAAGCGAAAACCAUAUGGAAAGAAAAGAAAAAAGAUGACUGCUAAAGCCCGUUCCAUCAAGGAGGCAGCUAAGAAAGUGAUUGCUCCAAAAGCAAAGGAAGAAGCAAAAGUUUCCAAAAAACUGCCUGCUUCCAAAUCAAAGGAGGGAACACCAACUGUUUCAAAAAUGGAGGAGGCAACACAAGCUGAAUCCAAGACUUCAUCAAAACCACUGCCUGAAAGUAAGGAAAAAGCCUUCGUUGCUGUGCAAGUAAAAGAAGAAAUGCCUGAUGACCCAAGAGCGGGUCUUGAAGCCCCACAACCUUCAAUGCCAGUGAAGGAUGAGGACAUGGAUCAAGAAGCUCCAGCAAACUCUAUGACAAUUGGCUGCUUAAAGGAUGAAGGCAUGGAAUCAAAGUCCCCAGAAGGCCCUAUAGCAGAUGGCUGUUUUAAGGAUGGCAGAAUGGAAGUUGAAGCUGCAACAAGCCGUGAUACAAUUUGCUACUUAAAGGAUGGGGUUAAGGAACCACUACCCCAAGCAAGCUCUUUUGCAGUUGCCUGCUUAAAAGAUGGGGACAUGAAAGCAGAAGCUACAGCGAGCCCAGUACUCAUCAGCUGCUUAAAAGAUGAGGAUGUGGACUAGAGGUUCAAGCAGCAUAAAUAUCAAUGUUUCUCUACAGCAGUCCUUCAGGAAUCAAGGAAGGUGAAUUGCUGGCCUCUUUGAGGGGCUUGGACUAUAUUUUUUAAUGUGAUACAGUCAGCCUAUGAAACAAUUAUUAGAAAAUAUAUUCUAUCACAUCAUGCAAGACAGCAGGACUACAAAGCCUCUCUGAAUACUACUACAAGCAGUAAGGGUGAAUUUCUGUUACAGAACUCUGUAGAGAGGCAAUGAAGGCAUUUUGGAAUUUACUGUUUGAGCCUGCAUAUAAAUAAGUAUCAAAGAACAAAGUACCAUAAUUCCUAUUCCAUUGGGAUAGAAGUUGCAGGUUGCACUUCUGCUCUUAGUAUCUUCAUUUUAAUUUGAAUUAGGUUGUAUCUUCUUGCUUCUGGCCAUUUGGUCAACAGAAUACAAGAGGAUCCAAUAUGCAGGAAUUGAAUUGUGUCUGAGCCUCACAUGCAUAACCAGAAGAUUUUGUUCUCCUUUGUGAUGAUGCUCAGUGCACACUACUCAGAUGUUUCCUAUAAGAUCCUUCCUUCAGGUGGUAAGUUGAGAGGUGUGGCAGAUUGCUUAAAAGGCUCCCUAUAACAGUCAGCUGAGGUUUCCUUGGCUGACUACAGUGGCCAUCACUAUUUCAGCCAACAGUGGACCACCUCACAGAGCAAGGUAUUGGGCUGGUACCCCAGAGAGUUCUGCUUAUUGGUUUUCUGCUGAAGCAAAUGGCAGAGCAGGAAAGUGGGUAAGAAAGCUGAGGAUCUCAGCACUUUGCUAUGAAAGGGCUUUUUUUUUCCAGCAAUGCAUAUUUAAUACACAUUUGUAUUAUUGUGAAAGGGACUGCAAAGUCCACAAUGUCUAGCUCUGGGGGAAAGUUCCAUUGAUGGUGAGGUUAGGCAGGUUUAUGUGGUAGAAAACUCUCCCAAGAAAUAACAGCUGGAGAGAUCAUUUUAUUGUUUCAGAGCUAGCAAGACACAGUGAGCACUGGUCUCUUACAACCAGAUUAGCCAUGAGCAAGCGCCUCAAGUUUAUAUAGAUCUUAUACAGAAGAAAGUUCAAGCACACCCACAUCUGUAAGGACCCCAAACUACAAGAGGGUAUUACUUUAUACCUGAUAAGGAUGCUAAAAUGGGUAUCCUUCAAAAUGUUAAGAUACUACAGUAACAUUCUUUGAAGUGGGACAUCACAGCUUUGAUACACACGAAAUGCCAAGAAACUAAUUAUUCUAACAAGCUGACCCUGUGUUUAAUUGUGGAAGGAGGAAAAAUAAGAAAGCAAUCACUUUACAUCCUUAAGCCUGGAAUCUCAACAAAAGCCUAACCGCUAAAAGUAUUUGGACUUACAAAUCAUUUGUAUAGCUAAGAAUUUAAAAAUCCUACAAUUGGAUGAACUACAAAUGAAUGUAUAACAUCAAUUUGGAUACCAAAUUAGACACUAAAACAUGCAUAAUUAAUGUUUAUCUUGUCAGGUUUCAUUUCAUUUCCCCAGUUUGUUUGUACUACAGUAACAAACCAAAAAAAAGAGAAGGAAGAAAGUCAGGAAAGGAAAACCCCCAGAGGAAAAAGUAGAAAGCUGCUACAUUUACCAGACUCAUGGGCCAUCACUAGAAAGAGAUACUGAAAUCAGUUGCUGGAGUAGAAAUUAAUAGUACAUUUGUAUUGUUGCUCUCUUAUCAGUAAGAAUGCAAUAAAACAACUUUGGUGACAAAAAAGAUUUUUUUUUAAACCACAUAGUGAUACUGUGUAUAUAUUUUCUUUGAAUUAUGUUGAUAAAAUCUAUAAAUAAAAUAUUUGGAAGAAAUUA